AUGGGCAAGCCAACAGACGAGAACCUCCCAGAGGUUGUGCCAGGUGACUUCCCCCAGACCGUGCCCGACAGCUCUCCGCAGGCCCUGACGGCCGCCGAGGCCCAGGCGCACCGGGCGCAGCUCGCCGGCGGCGACGCGCACAGGUACCAGGACGGGGUCGAGGUGGUCGACUCUCCAAAGUACAUCGAGGUGCCCGUGGGGCUCGAGGCGGCCCACCAAAGCCCCUACUCGCCCUCGGCUCCCGGCAGCGUGGCCUGGGAGCCCGUGUCGGCCAUCGACAGGCUCCAGGCGGGCGGGGUGGACAGCCACGGCAGCCAGGCCGACAGCGACGAGGGCAUCAAGCACGAGCCCAAGACGAUCUGGGGCCUGCAGCCUAAGCAUUUCUAUCUUCUCGUCGCGGUGCUGCUGCUGCUCGCGGUGGCGAUCGGAGCUGGCGUCGGCGCCGGCGUCACGGCGGCCAACAACAGAGCGGCGCAGCGAGAGACUCAGGGAGACGGGGGUGGUACGUCGAGCAGCAAUGGCGGAAAUGGAGGAGGGCCGACCACGACAGGCCCCAAGCCCGUGACCCCGACGGGGACUCCCUACGACCCACCCCUGAACGAGUCGGACCCGGACGGACCGUUUGUGUUCCAGGGCUGGUCCGGCGCAAACUUCACGGGCAACAUGACCAUCAAGUACCGCAAGUACGGCAUUUUUGAUCUCGAAUUCCCCGUCAUCAGCUACGUGUGGGACCCCAACGGAUACACCUGCUGCAUCACGUUCUGCGCCAACAACACCGACACUAGCGGCAAGUACCGCUGCCAAUACAGAAAGCAGGAGGGGGCCGCGGCUCAUUUUGGCCGCAUCCAUACCUACUGCGGAGGCAACGAAAUCACAAAAGCAAUGUCCUACCAAACCGACGGCCGGGCCCGUGUCGCCCUGUUCCGGCGCAGCGGCAAAGUCCGGACGUACCAGCACCUGCUGGCGCCGAUUUCAGGCUCGGUCGACAAAUCGGACAAAACCCCACUGGCGGCCGCCUGGCGCGAGCUGCAGGAGGAAACGCAGCUCACAGCGGCGGACCUGGAGCUGCUCCGGCACGGCAAGAGCUACAAGUUCACCGACCUGUCGAUCGGGCGCGAGUGGACCAUCUACCCGUUCGCCUUCCGGCUGCUCCGCGACGAUGCCGCCGUGAGCCUGGACUGGGAGCACGAGGAGUGGGGCUGGCACGAUCCAGUCCUGAUCGGGGAUGGUUUCUCCGACGGCGUGCCCCGGCUGGCCGAGAGUCUGCGCCGGGUCUGGUACGAGAUGGACCUCGGGUCUGCCGCGGCCCGUCUGCUGGAUGCCGGGCUCGCGCGUCUCAAGACCGACCACCAGAGCGGGGCCCGGCAGCUGGCGACCUUUGCUUUGCGGUCGCUCAGGGAUGUGACGUUGCAGAUUCAGUGCGAGGGACUGGACUGCGAGACGUGGUGGGCCAGGGUGCGCACCGUCGCGUGGCACAUGUGGAAGAACGGCCGAGAGAGCAUGGGCGCUGCAAUUACGGCAGUGCUCGUGCGAGCUCUGGAGGAGGUGGAUGGGCGUCUACAGCUAGAAUCAACAGAAAGGAACGUCAAGGCGUGGCAGGAUCUUGCCACCGAGGUGUUCGACAAGGCUGUCACGCUGAGGGAGGACCACACUUCGGGAGCCGUGGUGGCGGAGGCUUUUGCGAGCUAUCUUGGGAAGCACUUUGGGCCGAGACUCCAGGGCCAUCAACCGAUCACGGUCCUGACCCUAUCAGAAAGCUCAACCAUAGCGCUAGCACUGCAGCAUGUGAUUGCAAAUACCGGAUUUGCGUUGGACCUGCGCAUCCUCGAAUCGAGACCGUUAUUUGAGGGAGUGUCACUAGCCGCAUCCUUGACCGACGAGAUGCCGACCAGCAAAGAGGCGGCACUUGGAGGAGCAGAGACAGAAAAAGAAACAAGCCAGUCAGAAGAAGCAGGUGGUGGCACAGAAACGACGACAGAGACCCCGGAUUCGUGGCGCCGGCGGGACGGUUCACCUAAACUUAGCAUCACGCUAUACUCGGACGCAGCCGCGGCGCUAGCAGCAGGCGGCGGGGUCGACCUGGUCGUCAUUGGGGCGGAUCGAAUCUCAGCUUCGGGGGCUGUGAACAACAAGACGGGAUCCCUGCCGGCUAUUUUGAGCGCGAGGCAUGUGGCCGAGCGAGAAGGCCAUCAGGAGGUCCGCGUCGUGGUUGUGAGCGAGUCGGACAAGAUCGCACCGCCUGGCGACCCCCACGAGCACGUGGUGGAGGACAACGGCGGGGAGCAGCUUCGUAGGGCUUGGGCUGCCGACUUCAACAGUGAGAGGAUCAGGGGUGCGGCGGAGCAGCUGUCUCGAUUCGCUGUGGAGGGCGCUAUAGACGGAACCAGAGUUUCUGUGAGCAACAUAUUCUUCGAGUGGGUGCCGCCUGAGCUGAUAGACUCGUACAUAUCCGAGCAGGGGGCGCUAUGUGUUGAGGAGAUAGGAGAGAAAUCUAGAGCCCUCGAGGAAUCGAUCGAGAGGAUUUUUGGUGGCUUGUAG